ACGGAGGAUGUUUAGCGACUAACAAUUUAUUUGGUUCGAUGGAAGACUGUGAGAAACAAUGUGUGGUGUAUUAAUAUAAUUUGGUGGCAAAUUUAAUGCAAAACUAAAAUAAUUAUUAAGUCGAAUAAUGUAAGAAUUUACGUAAAAAUAAUUUUAAUCUCUUCUGGUGCGGUGGCUGUAGUCGAGGCAAUAAAAAUGUUAUUGAAAAAUCUCGUUCGUCAGCUGUUGAAUAAUAAAUUUGAACGAGAGCAAAAAAUUUACUGUGUUGCGGUGUGCAUUGCAAUUUGGAUUGCAAUUAUUUAUGUGAUAAUUAUUUCAUCGCCGAUAACACAUGGUAACGAACGUAAUGAACGUAUUUCGUUGGAUUUGAACAAUGUGGAAAAGAUUCAAUUGGAAAAAGAUGCCGAAUUGUCUCGUCAACGGAUUGAAAAUUGCUCGUACUGGGAUUGUUUUAAUAUUUAUCGAUGCGGUGAAAGAUUGUCGGUAUACGUCUAUCCAUUGAUUGACUAUUACGAUGUUGAACAAAGCGAUUCAAAGUCAACGUUAUCCAUUUUAAGCCGAGAGUUUUUCGAAAUACUGAAAACUAUCAUUGAAAGCCCGUAUUACACGUCGGAUCCAAAGGAAGCAUGCAUUUUGGUGCCGAGUAUUGACACACUCAAUCUUAAUCGUAUCGAUUCGUCAACAGUGUCCAAAGCUCUUGCCAGUUUACCACAUUGGGAAAAUGGUGAAAAUCAUCUUCUGUUCAAUAUAGUUUCUCCGGAGAAGGGAAUUGAAUCACUCAAUACAGACCGGGCCAUCGUUGCUGGGGCCAAUUUCGACAGCUGGACAUAUCGAACUGGAUUUGACGUUGCAUUACCAUUCUUGGGCUAUGUCAGAGAUAGAAAGAUUAUAUCGUUGAGCCGAAGUCGAAACUCAUUUUGGCUAACGGUUUCAAUACUGAAACUGAAUGAGGUACAUUUGGGCAUCAUGACUGACAUCGCAUCAAAAAGUGAUCGUAAGAUAUUGCUUCUUGAUAAAUGUCCAAAAAAUGUAGCGAAACGUUCAUCGAUUGGUGUGCGUUGUGCAUAUGGGACAACAAAAACAUACGAUAUUAAGUCGGUUUAUGCCCAAAGUCAGUUUUGCCUGAUCGCAAAAACAGAACGUUUAUUUCAAUUGAAUUUAAUUGAAGCGCUUGCUGCCAAUUGUAUACCCGUUAUAUUUGCCGAUAACACUAUUUUACCCUUCUCCGAGAUUAUCGAUUGGUCAUUAGCUGUGAUUACAUUGCGUGAAGUCGAUUUGCAAUCAAUCGAUUUAAAAUUAAAGUCAAUUUCAUUGCAAAAAAUUGAUGAACUACAACGACAAGGCGAAUGGCUUUAUGAACAAUAUUUUGCGUCCAAUGAACGAAUUAUUAAGACGGUAUUGGCCGAACUGAACGAUCGAAUUUUUGCUUAUCGAGCCAAAUCGUACUAUGACUGGAACAUGCCAAUGCAACGUGCCAUACAAAAUCCAUUGUUUUUGUCUAGAGUAGCACAAAAGUCACAAGGAUUCACUGCCGUUAUUUUAACCUAUGAUCGAAUUGAAAGCCUUUUCAAACUCAUUCAAAAACUGUCGGUUGUUAUGUCAUUGCAAAAAAUUCUAGUCGUUUGGAAUAACGAAAAAGAAGCACCACCACACAUAUCAAUUUUUCCAAAAAUCAGCAAACCACUUAAGGUGAUUCGAACCAAAGCGAACAAAUUAUCAAAUCGAUUCUAUCCGUAUGAAGAAAUUGAAACAGAAGCCAUAUUGACAAUUGACGAUGAUAUCAUUAUGCUAACAGCAGAUGAAUUGGAUUUUGGAUACGAAGUAUGGCGUGAAUUUCCCGAUCGAAUUGUUGGUUUUCCAAGUCGAACUCAUAUUUGGGACAAUCAAACGAUGCGAUGGCGGUACGAAUCGGAAUGGACUAAUGAAAUAUCAAUGGUGUUAACCGGAGCUGCAUUUCAUCACAAAUACUGGAGCUAUGCGUACACCAAUCAAAUGCCAGUCGAAAUAAAGGAAUGGGUCGAUGAUCACAUGAAUUGUGAAGAUAUUGCGAUGAAUUUCUUGGUUGCGAAUUUCACAAAGAAACCACCAAUCAAAGUGGCACCACGCAAAAAAUUCAAGUGCCCAGAAUGCACAAAUACCGAAAUGCUAUCAGCCGACAUAAAUCAUAUGAUGGAACGGUCAGCAUGCAUUGAUCGCUUCGCCAAAGUAUAUGGCGUCAUACCACUUAAAACAGUUGAAUUUCGUGCCGAUCCAGUAUUAUACAAAGAUAAUUUCCCCGAAAAAUUGAAACGUUUCAAUGACGUUGGAAGUCUCUAAACGUAAAGUUCAUUAUAUAUAGAAGAAGAAAUAGCCAACGAUGUAUCUCAUUAAAUUAGUGUUAUGUGUCUAUUUAAAAGACUUAUCAAAAUGUACCAACAAACAUAUUUAGAAAGAAAUUUUUAAACAUUUUCCGAUAAUAUAAUAAUUUAUGCAUGUAUAUAAUAAAUGUUUAUUGAAAAGUCGUCUAUUCUAAUUGUAGAACAUAAAAUAUGCUUAUAGUUAAUAAAUACUUUUAGCUUAAUUACACUUCAUGAUUUUGAUAAAAUAUUGACGAUUAGAAAUAGAAGGCUAUGAAAAAUAUGUUAUUUUAUUGUAUUGGCAAUAAGAAGCUAUCAUUCAUAUGAAAUUCAAAUUCAA